AUGUCACCGAUCGUUGGAGCAACCAAGGCGCCGUCGAUGAGGGCUUUGACGGCAAGGCUGAAGGAGGUCCAGUUGAACUUCAACGACAUCUACCGCUUCGCUCAGGCAUUUUCCGAUGCCAACAGUGUCACCGAAGUGGAAAUUCGCAUGGGCAAACUGGAUGAGCUGUGGGAGGCCUAUAGCGAAACCAUGGUGGAGAUCUUCGCACACGAGGACUACAAUCCCGAAAAGGCUUCGUUGGAGAAGGAACGUGUGGAGUUCAGCGACCAAUACUACCAGGUCAAGUCCUUCCUUAUGGACAAGAUCAAGGAGCUUCAGAAACCUUCGAUUCUGGAGCAGCCUAUUCGUGCUGCCGAUGGAGCACCAUCGAACACCAGCGACCACGUCCGUCUGCCGCAGAUCAAACUACAGACGUUCAACGGCGAUAUCGAAGAGUGGCUGAGCUUCCGCGACCUAUUCACGUCGCUCAUCCAUUGGAAGGUGGAUCUACCGGAAGUGGAAAAAUUCCACUAUUUGAAAGGCUGUCUCCAGGGUGAACCCAAGGCCCUGAUUGAUCCUCUUCCAAUCACGAAGGCUAACUACCAGGUGGCAUGGGACUCGCUGCUAAAGCGCUAUAAUAAUAGCAAGCAGCUGAGGAAGCGGCAGGUGCAAGGACUCUUCAAACUGCCCACACUUUCCAAGGAAUCCGGAGCCGAGCUACACAUCCUAGUAGAAGGCUUCGAACGAAUCGUGCAGACCCUGGAUCAGGUCGUUCAACCGAACGAAUACAAGGAUCUUCUGUUGGUGAACAUCCUUACAGCACGAUUGGACCCGGUCACGCGUAGGGGGUGGGAAGAGGUCUCAUCCACGAAGGCGCAGGACACCCUAGAGGAUUUGUUCGAGUUUCUGCGGCGUCGAAUCCAGGUUUUGGAGAGUCUUCCACCGAAAUCCACCGAUACUAGGGGUGUCGGUCAGCAGCAACAACAACCAAAGUCGAGGCAACCAUCCAUGAAGGCCAGCUACAGUUCUGCUCAAUCUACCCAGGCGUCUAGGGGACGCUGCGUUGCAUGCUCAUCGGAUCAUCUCCUCUUCCAGUGCAACGAAUUCCAACGGAUGACAGUAUCCAACAGGGAUGGUCUCCUGAGGUCCCAUGGUCUGUGUCGGAACUGUUUCAGAGUGGGACAUCAGGCUAAAGAAUGCCAAUCCAAAUACUCCUGUCGAAACUGUAAGGGACGUCACCAUACUCUGGUCUGUUUCAAGCAGGAGAAGGAAAAGGAACCCAAGGUUGCGGCAGUUGCUGGGGGCAACAAGCCGUCGAAUUCCAAAGAACCACAGGAAUCCAACUCCCAAGUGGCUAAUGUAGCAGCCACGGAAACUGCAGUAUCCGCUGCAGCACACCAACAUCCAACACAGGUUCUCUUAGCAACAGCAGUUGUGAUGAUCGAGGAUGACGUUGGCAAUCGCUUCCCCGCUCGUGCACUGCUGGAUUCCGGAUCCGAAAGUAAUUUUAUUACACAGCGAUUGAGUCAACGAUUGGAAGUCCAUCGAGAUCGGGUAGAUAUUUCGGUGGCAGGAAUUGGCCAAGCAGCUACCAAGGUUCGGCAAAGGAUUCAAGCGGUUCUUCGGUCACGAGUUUCCGACUUCUCUCGUGAGUUAGGCUUCCUAGUUCUUCCAAAGGUAACUGUUAACCUGCCAACAACCGCUAUCCACACGAAUACAUGGACUCUUCCAAGUGGGAUUCAACUGGCGGAUCCCACUUUCUUCGAAUCGAGCGUGGUGGACCUCGUGCUCGGUAUCGAGUGUUUUUUCGAGUUUUUCGAAUCCGGAAGGAGGAUUUCCCUAGGGGAGCAGCUCCCAGCCCUGACCGAGUCCGUCUUUGGUUGGGUAGUCAGCGGCGGCAUUUCGGUUCCAGCUCGUUCCCUACACAUCAGCUGUAACGUUUCCACGUUGGACAAUUUGGAAGCUUUGAUCACUCGCUUUUGGUCCUGCGAGGAGGUGGGGACAGCCAAGAUUUAUUCACCAGAGGAGGCACGUUGCGAGAAAUGGUUCUCCAGCACGGUUCAACGGGAACCCAGCGGUCGGUAUACGGUUGCAUUACCAAGGACGGAAGAUGCUGUGUUACGAUUGGGCGAAUCGAGGGACAUAGCAUUCCGGCGACUCCAAGGGACCGAAAGAAGAUUGGCCCGGGACUCUUCGCUACGAGAACAAUACGUGGCAUUUAUGACGGAAUAUCUCGGACUGGGCCACAUGAGAUUGGUACACGAAGCUUCGGAGACAUCAAUCAAACGGUGCUACUUGCCACACCAUCCUGUCGUAAAGGAAGCGUCAACCACAACCAAGGUUCGAGUAGUCUUUGAUGCUUCGUGCAAAACGGCAACAGGAGUCUCACUAAACGACGUGCUACUGGUGGGGCCAAUAGUACAGGAAGACCUUCGGUCUAUAAUCCUUCGUUACCGGACCAAGCAAAUCAUGCUGGUAUCGGAUGUGGAGAAAAUGUUUCGCCAAAUCAUCGUUCGUCCAGAAGAUCGCCCGCUACAGUGUAUUCUCUGGAGGAACUCACCAUCGGAAGACGUUCAUACGUUUGAGCUGAACACAGUAACGUACGGAACGAAACCAGCGCCUUUCCUGGCCACCAGAACACUUCAUCAACUCGCUCUGGAUGAGGAAGGGCGAUUCCCGCUAGCAGCACGGGCAGCCAUGGAAGACACCUAUAUGGACGACGUCAUUACGGGUGCAAACGAUGUGGAAACCGCCACGGAAUUGCAAAGGCAACUAAAUAUUAUGUUGCCAGGAGGAGGUUUUCAACUACGGAAAUGGGCGUCCAACUGCCCGUUAGCACUAGCAGGAGUUCCCGAAGAAAACUUGGCCAUCCGUACUCCAGAGGGUAUUAAUCUGGACCCAGAUCCUUCAGUCAAAACCUUGGGGUUGACCUGGUUUCCUUCUACGGACAUCCUCGGGUUCCAGUUCACUAUCCCCACUCUGGACCCUGGUACAAUCCUCACCAAGCGGACCAUAUUGUCUGUGAUCGCGACCCUAUUUGACCCUCUAGGCCUCCUAGGAGCAGUAAUUACCACGGCAAAGGUUUUUAUGCAACAGCUAUGGACAAUUCGGGACGAAAACGGGCAACCGCUCGACUGGGACCAGGCCGUACCACCAACGGUGGGUGAGGCGUGGAUAAAUUUCCACGAACAACUACCGCUUCUCAAUCAACCACGCAUCGAGCGUUGCGUAAUCACCCAGGAUGCAGUUGAUAUUGAAAUCCACUGCUUUUCCGACGCCUCGGAGAAGGCUUACGGGGCCUGUCUGUACAUCCGGAGUAAAGAUGCAGAAGGAAGGUUGAAGAGCCGGGACCACCACGACACUGUCUCCAAAGAAUGUGCCAAGGACGGCAUUCAAUGGCACUUUAUCCCGCCGAGCGCUCCCCACUUUGGGGGCUUGUGGGAAGCUGCAGUCCGUUCAUCCAAACACCAUCUGCUGCGAGUAUUGGGCGAAGCAAUUGUAUCGCCCGAAGACUUCUGCACACUGCUUACCCAGGUCGAAGCGUGCCUCAAUUCCCGCCCCCUCACGCCCCUAUCUGACGACCCCAAUGAUCUCGAGCCACUGACACCUGCCCAUUUUCUGGUCGGUUCAUCGCUUCAGUCGAUCCCUGAACCAAGCUUAGAUAAACUUCCAAUCAACCGCCUGGACGCCUUGCAACUUAUUCAAAGAAGCCAAGCCCGUCAUCAUCAUCAUCAUCACCAUCAUCAUCACCGUGAGGGUGAUAAGGAGGGCCAUAUGAUAAGAGCGGUUAGAAUCGCUCUGAGAACCUUCGAGGAAGUCAUCGCAUCGCGAGAUCGGAGGACCGGUGGAAUCGACGAGUUGGAGUGA